GUGUUGUUUACAUCUUCCAGGAAGACUCACAUGGGGCUGUGUGAAAAGCAGGAAGAUGGUGCAAUCACAUUCCAGUUGAGUAUUAAGUAACAUAGGCAAACUACAUGAAAAGUACAAACACGGACGGACCCUGAACUACAACGAGAUGACGGGUUUCUGACUACAUCUCCCUUGUCCGGCAAAGUAAUAGAUACAAAUCCAAAGAUGUUAAAACUUGGAAGUCAGCUGAUCCAGUUUUACCAUGCCUCAGCCUCAGGUCAAGCAGAGUUUGGUAAACAGGAGGAGAAUGUUCAGGAAUUGCAAUGUUUUAAGGAUUUCUUGACAAAGCUGAGAAAACAUGGUGGGCUGCAAAAGGAAGCCAUCUUCUGCAACUUAAGAGUUCCAAAUCAGUUUCAAAUAGGGAAAGAAGAUAUUGACUUGGUUCUCCUUACAGGGCGUGGUGUGUUCUGCCUUGAUGUUAAAACCUGGAAGGGCAAAGUAUCGGUCCAGGAACACAGCUGGCAUUUAAACUUCACAGAAGAAACAGAGCAUUUCUCAAACACAUCUAUCAGCCAGGUUGCUGAUCCCAUCCAGGUCAUCAAGACCAAGACAAAGAAUCUGUGGAACCACUUGAUGCGAAGUGGGGUCUGUGUUCGUCAGUCUCUCUUCCUCUCCAGGGUGGUCUUCCUCAAUCCUGACUGCCAUAUGGACCCUGAACUACAGAAGAGCAAGGAGGUGGUAGCCCAUUGUGAUUUGGAUUCAUUCAUCAGCUCUUUUAAGGAAGGGUACCUUGCAUGGAUUUCAGAUGCAGUGACACCAUAUUUGUUAUCUGGUCACUUGUCAUACAGGCAGCUGAGCGAUUUGAGCAGUGUGCUGCAGAGAACGGGUACAUGGGACACUGUCAAUCUGCAUGGGGGACAGCAGUUGAAAGGGGACUAUCGAGGCUGCCAGCACAUAGCCUUGAACCGGGAGGAGACGGACCAGUUGGAGUUCACCCACCAGUGGAACAUGUCAGCUGGGUAUCUCUGGGCUUUCCUGGGAUAUUCACCUCAGGUUACUGUCAAGAUGUACAGGAGAGGAGGUCAGGGAUGGUUAUGGAAGCCGCUCAGCGGCACGGCUAUCAUCCCCUACAACACGCACAUCGUCUUCAGGGUCUGCGGUGAAGAAGCAGAUGCCAAGAUCCCAGCCAAACACAUUGACACAAUCUGUCUGAGCAUUUGAAAUUGA